AUGGCGGCGACACUUCAAACACGUGAGAAUGGGAUAAAUGCAACGUAUACAUCCCUUCAUACCCCAGUAAGGCCCUGGGCACAUGGUGUGGCAGGCGUUAUUGGUGCUUCUAUAUCCAUGGCACUGUUUUACCCUUUGGAUUUUCUACGGACACGCAUGCACGUAUAUAAAGGGGGUAACAAAUUUCCAUUGCGGUCAGCGCGGCAAAUUAUUCGGGAGGAGGGAUUGAGAGCCAUGUACAAUGGCAUCACCAUGUCCAUUUUUGCUCACAGUGUUGGGUGGGGAUUAUACUUGUUGACGUUUAGGGCAGCACAACAGAAACUGUUUUUGGCUGCGGAGGAAACGGCUUGUAGCAGUGACGAUCACAGAAGCAGUGGACGUCACACUUUACAGGAUUUUUUGAGUGCGUGUAUUGCUGCUGUUACUACAGGUGUUGUCAUCACGCCGCUGAAUGUGCUGAAAACACGUCGACAAUUGUACGAUGUGAAAAGUUACGGUGAACCCCGAGGUUUUGUUUGUGGAACCAGGGCUAUUUUGAAACGCGAGGGCUUUUUUUCGUUGCUUCGUGGCGUUGGGCCGCAAAUUCUUUUGACAGGAAGCACAACAAUACAAGUAACGCUUUAUGAGGGAAUAAAACGUGGGGCUUUCCAUGACAAGGAUAAUCCGUCGUUUAUGGAGGUGAUAAUUGCGUCGGCCAUAUCAAAGGCUGCAGCCUCAAUCCUAUGCAAUCCCAUUGAGGUUGUGCGAACCCGUUUGCAGGAUAAACGGCACGGUUCUUUGAAGGAAUAUCGUUCGAUGCGAGGAGCACUCUGUGCCAUUUGGCGUUCCGAGGGAGUUCUUGGCCUCUACAGAGGCCUUCCCGUGAAUAUCUGUCGUGUUGUUCCAACAACUGUCAUGACGGUUGUCUUGUAUGAAAAGCUCCUCUUAGCCAUCUCAAGUGCAAACUCCGUAAAAGUGGAUUUACCAGUAAUCCUUGUGACGUUUGAUAGUGCUUCGAACUCCUGGGUCGAAACUACUCCAAGAGAUUAA